AUGGAAAACACAUCACAAUCAUCUGAGAGAAACUCUUCUUCAUCUGCAUUAAUGGAUUCUAGCAGUCCAUAUUAUCUUCAUCCCUCAGAUUCUCCAAGAAUGAAUCUUGUGAAUUUCGUUUUCGAUGGAACUGGUUUUGCUGCAUGGAGAAGGUCCAUCAUUAUUUCUCUAUCAGCUAAGAACAAGAUGAGUUUUAUUGAUGGUUCUGCCGAAAUACCAUCUGCUAAUACACCUGAGUUCAAGUUUUGGACUAGGUUUGGUCAGUCCAAUAAAGCUCAACUCUAUCACCUUCAAAAAGGCCUCACAGAUCUGAUGCUAGGAACAACUGAUGUAGCAGGAUAUUUCACAAGAAUCAAGAGGAUUUGGAAUGACAGUAAGAAGCAAUAUACUCAUGAUGUCACCUCUCCCAAAUGUGAAUCAUGUGUACUCUCUCCCCAUUCAAAUGAGAAACAGAGAGAGGCAUUUGUUAAUCCUAACUUUUUAGGUGACACAUCUUCAUUUCUUGCAACAUAUCAGAAUUUCUCAGGUCAGAGGUACAACAAUACUGAUUUUAGAGCAAGAAACAAUAACAACAAUAACUACAACAACAAUUUGUAUUGCACAAAUUAUAAGAAAUCUCGGCACUCAAUUGCAAAAUGCUAUAGAAUAAUAGGUUAUCCACCUGAUUUUAAGUUCACCAAGGGGUUAAAAUCACAACCAAACAACAAAGGGAACUCUAUGGCUAAUGCAGUGACAACAGAUGGAUACUCAGGUUACACAACAAAUGGGAAACAAGCAAAUGGAUCUGUUGCUCAGGAGAACUAUGGUGGUUUAGAAGAAGAGUUUCAGAAUGCAUAUAUUGGAGAUGUGCCAUUUGCAGGAAGUGAGGUUUCAGCUAACAUGGUGCACUAUUUUUCUGGUAACAAUUUCAGUGAUCCAAGACUAUAUCAAACCCAUGCUAGCUCUAGCUACUGGAUAUUAGAUUCAGGAGCUUCUGCUCAUAUGUCUUUUGACCCUGCUUUCUUUACUUCUCUUACACUUUUGUCUUCUUAUAUUUAUGUCAAGCUCCCAAAUUCUUUCAGGGGACAUUCAAUAAGGACCCCUCUGGUUAUUGGUGAAGCAAAGGAUGGGAUCUAUAUCAUGAACACUACUUCAGUUCUACAAAGUCUUGUCAAGUUUAGUUCUAAAUCUGAUGUUUUACUCUUUAGUUGUAGCUCUUUUCCUAGCUAUUUUUCUAUUCUAGUAAACAAUAGGGAUGAUGUAAAAUUAUGGCACAUUAGAUUGGGCCACAUGCCUUUUGAUUCAAUGAAAAACAUCAGUUUCUCUUCUUCAUUUUCUCAUUUUGAUCACAAAUGUGAUAUAUGCCCUGUUGAGACAAACUAA